CUGGUCUCCCUCUUUUUUGCUAAUGUUGAAGCACUGCAUUCGACUGAUACGAUCACCAGCGGUGGUGAUAAUACUAGAUCUGGUUACCAACCGUAAGUACUCUAACCCACUGAUGUUACUUUGUUGUUGGUCAAUUGCGCGUUUCAAGUGAUGAUUCGCAAUCUGCAUGAUAACCCUGUAAACCUUUGGGGAAUGUGAAAUCGUUGACAUACGGUAUUGGGGAUGUAUCUAGAAAUCAUAAUAUGGACCCAUCUAUAAUAGGAUCGCCUCAGUUUGGAAUGAUGUGGAGGAAGAAAUUGCAAGGAAACUAUAGAGGAUGGACCGAACAGGUAAGCGGAUCGCGGUUUAUGAGACUUAGGUGACUAUAUUUCUAUCAGAUUGGAAUUGCUAAUAAAUGGGAAGAUAUUUGCGCAAGCGUUGGUUUAUACCCCCGAUGAUACUCAAUUCGUCUAUGUCGCGUCCCAGAUGAACAUGUAAGAUCUAUCGGGGGAUAAUUUGGUCUUAUUUAUGAUUUAACUAUCUGUAUUAGGGUUUAUAAGAUUGACGCCAAAACUGGAGAUAUUUUGACCUCCAGGAACCUAGCAAUUCCCUUUUUGGUUUCUGAGCUAGAUGAUUGUAAUGAUAUUAGUUUUGUUAUUGGAAGCACUGUAUGGACUCUCCGAGCGCCCAUUUGAGCUACUUGGCUAAUCUCAAAACGAAUGUCAGGCUACGGGUGUUAUUGACGAUAAGACCAAUACGUGGUACCUAACUACCAAGACAUACCGCGAUCAGAGUGAUGUUGAGAAGGGCAGAGCGAAUGGGCGCUGUAUGUUCUUUCCUCACUGACUAUGUAGGCAUAAGCCUUGAGAUAAGUGGCCGAACUGAUACAAAAUAGAUCUCAUUCAUGCUUUGGAUACCCGGACACUGGAGGAAAAGCCAGGAUAUCCGGUUAAUAUCGAGGGUCUUAUUGCUAGAAAUAAUCCAAUCAGGAUGUUCCAAGGGGGUAUCCACCAUCAACGCCCAGCGUUGAUGCAGAGCGGUCCAUACAUCUAUGCUGGUUUCGCGAGCCGUAUGUAUACUCCAGCUUCUCUAUUCUGUUUAUCAAUUCCAGGGGCUGACCCAGUUCAACAGAUUGCGUACAGUAUAACUUUACUGGCUGGAUUAUUGGUUGGAAUGGUCAAACGGGAGAGAUUGUGGAGAGGUUCGCCACCGAGGGUGGCCCCGAGGACAAAAAAGGAGGUGGUGUGUGGAUGAGUGGUGGUGGGCUUGCUCAAGACUCUCGUAAGUCCCAUUUUGUGCAACUGUAUUGUGCGGCUCUAGUGAACUGGCUUUAUGGAUUGCUGAUACUUUCGUUUGUCUAAUCUCAAUGCAGCUGGCCGUAUGUUCUUUGCUACUGGGAACGGGUGAGUGCUUUAGUCUGUCCACAUAUUUUGGUGGAAUGAGGCUGAUAGUCUUCCUAGAUAUGCUUCGCAACUUAGCACAAUCCCGGUCCCUGGGCGGCAGCCUCCCACAGCCCUGGAAGAGGCUGCUGUUCACAUGGCCAUUAAUUCCGAUGGUAGUCUCGCCGUGAUAGACUUUUGUAUGUUUCACUUCCCGUUCUCUAGGUACAGCGUACUAACCAUUUGCGUAACACUUAUAGUCAUGCCCUGGGAAAAAGUAAAAAACCUUUACUAUGUUUCUAUUACCACAUUGGGGAAGCUGGACGUGCUAACUUCCAUUCCAGCAAGCUUUAGAUGGCGCAGAUAAAGACCUUGGGACUUCAGGUAUCGCAUUAUUGGACCCUACAGUUUUCAAGUCGCCAACGGUCGCAAGGAUUGGGUGUAUUGCGGGGAAGUCUGGAAAGCUGUAUUUCUUGAACCUUGAGUUAGUCCCCUCCGAUUCCGGACUGUCGUUGUUGUACUGACUGGGGGCGUGACAGCGACCUUGGGGGCUACCAAAUGGGACCGAAUAAAAAGGACGCCGUUCUUCAGACAACAGAGUUGCCCAAUUCAGUAUUUGCAACAGCAGGGUCGUACCCACUCGAGGGCGGCUAUGUUUACGUAUGAUAUUUCUGGAAUCGAGGCCCCAUUAGACCACUUCUGAUAUGAGUAUAGGUCAAUGUUGUUCAAUACCCUACUUUUGUGUUCAAAUUUAGUGUGGGACCAAAUGGCGAACCGGUCUUCACACAGGUUGCACAAUCCAACGAAAAGACAGCCUUUGUGCUUGGGGUUGGUCAUGGCACAUCGACUUCUCUAAAUGGUCAGGCAGGGACGGGUUUGUAUUGGGUCACAGAUAUCCAAGGUCUCAAUCUCCGGAUUUAUAAGGCCGUCCCUGAGAAUGGAGUACUGGUUCUCCUGAAGGGGUUGAACGUCCCAGCCCAAAUCAAAUUCAGUAGACCUACCUUCGGGAACGGCAGGGCAUAUUUGACCACAAGCGACGGGUACGUUGGAUAACACCUGAACCAAAUGAUGGAUGGACGUGCUGACCAAUGGAGACAUCUUGUUGCUGUGGGGUCGCCCGUCAACCCUCCUAUGAAUUGUUCAUCACCAGUUGAGUUCGGCAAUGCCACAAUCGGGGGGGCUGUUGUGACCAAGACCCUCAGCUGCAAGGCGAAUAUUGCUGUAACAGUAACCGGAAUUGGCCCUCGUAUUGCCCAAUACUUCUCGGUUUCUGAUCUCCCAACUUUCCCCUUGGCUCUGACAGCGGGCCAGAUUGUUAGUUUCAAGACUACGUUCAAGCCAACUGCGCCGGGCCCGCUCUCAGAUGACAUCUAUGUCAAUACUACCAAUUCUAUUGCGGACUACGCCGAUAACACACCAAUUGCCGUACGCGGUGUUGCUACUUCCCUCACACCUGUUCUCUUCAUCAGCCCCAACACGGUAUCUUUUGCUGGUAUAAUUACGGGAGAAAACCCUGCUGGCUAUAACCGUGCCGUUAUUAUACAGAAUCAGGGUAGCACAACACUAACCAUUAGUGAGAUAAACGUGAGCACCACGAGUGAAGCAGGUCCUUUCUUGCCUCCUGGAACCACCGCUGCUGGGCCAUUCACAUUUACGGGAUUCCCGACCACCAUUCCUCCCGAGUCUUCUGUAACUGUUAAUAUCAAUUUCAAUCCUACCACUGAGGGGAACUUUGGAGCUUACGUGCAAUUUAAGACAAAUGGUAUACUCAGAUCGGAGGAUGCUGCUAGAAAUGAUAUAUGCUAAUUUUUAAACUAGGGGGUACUAAGUUCCUGACUGUAGUGGCCACUGCCGGCAGUUACCCGAAGGCAUUAAUUGAAUUCGAAAAGGUUGAUGGAUCCGGGUGGACUGCAUAUCAACCCGGUGUGCCUUUCAGCUUCGGCACUGUUUUCGAGCAGGCUACUCGAACUCUGAGAAUGAGGCUUACCAACUUCGGCAAUCCGUCAGUAUAUUAAACGGUUUUUCCCAUUGCGGAGGAUACUAACAAAUUAUAGGAACGCGAGUGUACUACAUGUUACUGUUUCCAAGCCCCCUAUUGGUGCUGGCAAAGUCGUUGGGUAGGACCUUCCUUUAGAGCUCACUUUAUCGUCGGGGCACACUGACACUUUUGGAACUAGUGCGCGCAACGGGAUUGAUCUGGGCGAAGGGACUGAGCUCGCCGCAGGCCAAUCUGCUACCGCUCAACUUUUCUGUUCUGUCCCCAAGUCUCAGGUUAAUGUGGAUGCAUACGUCGCCAACUCGACUUGGACUAUGAAUACCAAUGACCCCACAAUGGGGAAACAGGACAUUGUCUUUUCCUGUGAUGCUGUUUCGGAACAACUUGGGCCAUUGAAGGCAAAUUCCCAAGGGAGAUAUCGGUAUAUUGGCUGCUUCAAAGAGAAUAAUCCUGGGCGGCAGCUCUCGAACCAGCUCUAUGGCGCGGAUACUAACGAGAAUGGAAAGUGUAUGAGUGGGUGCGCUGGGGCUGCCCAGAAUUUUAUCUUUGCCGGGACUCAGUACCACCGUGAGUGCUGGUGCGGCAAUACAAUCCCUAGCUUAAAGGUCGGUGAGGAAGAAUGCAACUUUGACUGCUCAGGGUAAGGGGUAACACCACUUCCUGCUUGGGUAAUUUCUAAAUUCUUGUAUAGAAAUGGCACCCAAAUCUGCGGAGGCAAUGGCUAUUUUGGCGGUGGCUCGUACAUUAGUUUAUUCGCCGAUUCCGAUCGGUACAAUCCUGGAGGUCCUGUAUCUUCGAGUUCAACCACUGGGGAUCCGACUGGCUCACCAACGCCUACCCCUACGGGUGGCCCGAUUGAUAACCCUGGAAACUCCAACUUUGGUUUUGCGGGCUGCUACACAGAGGCUACUAUUGGUAGGGCAUUGUCGGUUCUUACCGCAUCCGACACCAUGACCGUUAAUACCUGCCUUGACAUCUGCAACACUUAUGAGUAUGCCGGUCUGGAGUAUGGAAGGUAUGCAUCUGGAUGAAACGCAGCAUUGAGGGUUACUAAAUUAUCGUAGGGAGUGUUGGUGCGGGAAUACACUUGCCGCAACCUCUGCUAUCACAGGUCUAACGCAAUGCAGAAUGCUUUGCGCGGGUACGAAUUUCCCUAAUGUCCCUUUUUAUAUGAUUACUUUCUCACUCUGAGUUUGCAAUUUAGGGAAUCAAUUUGAAUACUGUGGAGCUGGAAGUAGAUUGAGCUUGUAUACGAAAAAGAAGGGGCCUACACCAACUGGUUCUAACUCAAGUUCAAGCUCGGCCACUGCCACUGGCACUACCGCCUCAUCAUCUGUGUCCCCGACCCCUACAGGUCCAAUUGACAACCCCGGUAAUGUUAAUUAUAGCUUCGUUGGAUGUUAUACCGAGCCGCCAGCGGGGAGAGCUUUAACGCUGUUGACUGCUUCUGAUACUAUGGAUGUUAACACCUGCCUUGGUAUCUGUAGUACUUAUGAGUACGCUGGUCUUGAAUACGGAAGCGAGUGCUGGUGUGGGAAUUCACUUGCCUUAGGAGCAGUCUCGACUGAUGUUUCACAGUGCCGAAUGACUUGUAAAGGUAUGCGCUUCAUUCCUCCUUAGCUAGGUGGUUUCUCAUCCGGAAUUUCACUCUCUAGGGAAUCCAUUCGAGUAUUGUGGAGCUGGGAACCGACUGAGCUUGUACAAGAAAAACGCGGUACUUACCACAACCACUAGCUCUGGAACGACAUCGAGCACUAGUUCUAGUAGCUCUAGUACAACUACUAUCACGAGUAGCACUGGUACCAGCACGAGCACCUCAUCUUCAGUAUCUCCGACCCCAACGGGCCCGAUAGACAAUCCCGGUAAUGCUAAUUAUAGCUUUGUCGGGUGCUAUGCGGAGCCACCUACAGGGAGAGCAUUGAGUGUCCUAACCGGUGCUAGUGAUAUGACAAUUGACAAAUGUUUGGGAAUUUGUAGUGCUUAUACAUGGGCUGGAGUCGAAUAUGGAAGGCAUGUAUUCAAUACGCCUGGAGCAGCCACUGUGCUAAUAUUUUCUUUGAUAGGGAGUGUUGGUGCGGGAAUACACUCGCAGGCGGUGCUGCCCAAGUGCCUGUCACGGAAUGUCGCAUGAAGUGUGCUGGAAAUGCGCUGGAAUACUGUGGAGCGGGCCAAAGAUUGAGCUUGUACAAGAAAAAGGACUUGAUCUCUUCAUCUUCCUCGUCGGCCGCAGGCUCUACGAGCCCUGCUUCGAGCACAUCCACUUCAGCGUCGGGGAGCUCUUCAGCAACUUCAACUUCGACAACCGGGACUCCGCUGCCAACUGGGCCGACUAUCAAUCCCGGGAAUGCAAAUUAUACAUACCUUGCGUGUUAUACGGAGGCGACAGCUGGACGUGCUCUUAGUGGUAAAUCGCUGGCCGCGGAUGACAUGACUGUGCCCAAAUGUCUUGAAGCAUGUGCUGGAUUUAGAUACGCUGGACUUGAGUAUCGUCGGGAGUGUUACUGUGGAAACACAUUCAACGCUGGUGCGGUCGUUGCGCCAAGCUCUCAGUGUGGGUUGACCUGUAUGGGAUAUGUAUUCAAUUAGUAAGUUCUUCCAUUGAGUGAAUUCUCGGAAGGGGUUCGAUGCUGACAUUGGUGUAGUUGUGGUGGUGGGAGCAGAUUGACGGUCUACGAGAAGAGGAAUGAGACGGCUUCUAGCUCAAGUAGCUCAUCAGGUGUUGGCUUGGCUGCAGCGGCUCUAAUGUUAAGCGAUUCAAAUUCCACAUCUACUAGCGUGACAACUACCUCGGGAUCGAGCUCAACUUCAAGUACAUCUAUCUCAAGUUCCGCUUCGACUUCCGGGGGAUCAGCUUCGUCCGCAAGUGCCCCUAAUAGUUCCUCGACCUCAUCAGUUUCGUCGGUGAAUGCCACAGUGACCUCUUCGUCUUCCACAUCGACAUCAGCAAGUACUACCACUUCGGCGACACCAACGGCAUGGUCAUAUCUGGGAUGCGCAAAGUGCGUGCCAAUACCUUCCUCAUAAUGGGUGUAUGCUAACUUUUUUUUUUAUAGCCAAACCGAGCCUCGUGCUCUUAAUGGUGGCCGGUUGACUUCCGGGAGCAUGACGGUAACCAAGUGCCAGGCAUUCUGUAUUGAUCGAAAUCUCACGCUUUCUGGACUUGAAGCUGGUAACGAGUAAGUACACUGUUGGCAUCUAAUGUGGGGAUAAUUGGGGUUAACAUUUCAUAGAUGUUACUGUGGAACAGCCCUGCAGAAUCAUUCAAGAUUCGGAUUCACGGGAUGUAAUACAGCCUGUUCCGGGAACUCAUCCCAGACCUGUGGUGGAUCUAGCAGGCUUAGUGUCUACAACUACACAUUGACGGAACCCCCAGUGGCGGCCCACGUUGCGGCCGUUGAGACGUAAGUUCUAUUCCCCCUCACUGCUUGGGUACCGGUGCUAAUUUGGCGACAUGACAGAUACAUUACCCAAGGCUGUUACACGGAUGAUGCUCUUUCCAGCUUCUCCUUUACCAAUAAUACUAGAAUGACAGUUGAGCUCUGCGUAGGUGCAUGCAGAGAAAGAAACAGCACAUAUGCAGGGCUCGAAUCUGGUGAACAGGUAUGAAAUGCGUCCCCGCACCCGCGCGGAAUAUCUUGACUAAUUAUUUUGCAAUAGUGUCACUGCGGAACUACCGUGGCAUCCUCUGCGUCCAGACUGCCCGAUGUAGAAUGUGAUGCCCCCUGCAAGGGCAAUGUUCACGAGUACUGUGGAGCAGAAAAGUAAGUACAAUAUAAAUAAUUCUCCGCUGCAAAAUCUGGGCAACUGAGGCUAACCUACUCCCUAGCAAACUGAGCCUGUACAUGAACCAGCCUUCGAACAUCACGACCGCAGGACUUCCGGGUCUAGUAGAUGAUAUCACGGAAUAAUGCGAGGAAAUGGAGAGGAAAAGUGUGGAGAAACAAGAAAAAACUUUGAAUUAUAGUGUUUAAUGACUCGGUUAUGGGACAUGGAGAGAUGGGACAUGAAGAGUUCGCUUUACGACUCAUGUUAAUAUAAUUUUCAUUCUGAAAGAGAAAUGAGUGAAUGAAUUUAAAACUGGGCCUUCAUCACCGGC